AUGUCUCCAACAACCCUACUCACCUUACCCGCCGAGCUGCGCCAGAAGAUACUCAGCGAAACCAUCCACAUCAGAUUCGGCACCAGCGGAGCCGCCAUCUCGUCCCCCGCUGCGUCCGCCUGCCGCCAGCUUCGCGGCGACGUUAAAGAAAUCCUCCCCAGUUGGCUCCCCACUGCAUCCACCCCUACCAUCAUCCAGACGCCAACCGGCAUGGACAAGCUGCACGUCCUCGACAAGGUCCUCAAGCAGCGCGCCGAGUCCAGCAACCGCUCCUGGCCCGGCUUCCAGACCAUCCAAGUGCAACUCUUCACCCGCGACGCCGUGCGCGUCCAAAAGCCACGCAGGAGCUAUUGGCAGGUCACCAAUCCACUACAGCAUAGGGCGGGGAUGGACGGCACCUUUAACGUUCCUUCGCUCUGGGCUAAUAAAUUCCGUGGAAUGCCUACAUCCGUCAAACACGUGCUGGUCGAUCUGACGAUGCCCGAGACGCAGCUUCAAGAUAUCGAGGCCUGUGGGCCUGGCGGUCCACUCACUCCCAAGGGCCGGAUUCUGCCGUAUACUCGCUGGCAGCGGGUGUAUUGGUGCCUCACGCUCAGCAUGAUCGCGGACCUCGUGGAUGAGCUCCAGUACGGUCGCCAUUGGGCGACGCAUGGGCGGGGAGUGAUUGGUAGCUGGCGUAGGAAGGGAGAAUCAGUGAGGGAGACAUGA